AUGCAUCGAACACUUACCACCGCAUUCAUUGCGAUUCUUUCAUGCAAUUCAAUCUUUAGUCAAGGGGACGUCCCGAAGUACCUCAGCAAGCACCAACGACGCGAAGCCCUCGACGCCCUGCGUAGCUCUUUUUCGACCCUCGCACGCCUUGAAGCCGUCGGUCAGACGAACGGAAGCCAUGUCUACGAUUUCGUCAUCUCCAACCACACCAGGCACCAGUUUCUCUGCCCGAAAGUACACGUCCUUGCCGACUUUCCGGCGGGACUGGAACUCCUGCUAAUGUUAGCCUCUCACCUUCUUCGCGAGUACGGCCGCGACAAAAACAUCACCGAUCUUGUCUCCAGCACAGAAAUUCACCUGCUAUUCUACCCAUCCGUGACAGUCGUCAGAGCGAAAUCGAGCAAAGACUGCGCACAAGACGGGAAACCCAAAGAGUUGAAUGGGUUCCCCGACUUCUUCGGCGAACGGGGAGUGAAGACCACGGAAGACUCGAAGCUUGACAACAAGGUUCGAUUCCUUGCCGAGUGGCUGAGACGGGGCAAUUUCGUUCUUGGAGCCCACAUUCAGGGCGGCCUGAAAGACCUCAUUGUGGCCUACGGCUUCCACAACAGCGCCGAGGACGGCCUGGUGACUCCAACGCCAGAUGACGACGUUCUGCGUCACCUGUCCAAGAGGUACGCGAGUCGGCACCCCAAAAUAAAGAAGGGGACACCGGAGUGCUCCGGUGGCCAUCUGGGCGGAUUUCCUGAGGGCAUCACUCCAGCUGCUGCCUGGAAGAGACGACGGGGACUCAUGGAGGACUACGCUUACGCGAAAGAAGGUGUUCUGGAGCUUGUCCUGGCUGUCUCCUGUUGCGCCGUUCCAGCAGAGACGCGGCUUCGGGAGCUCUGGGACGAGAACCGAGACGCCCUUCUUGCGUUUCUCAGCGAAGCUCGAAGGGGAAUACGAGGUUAUAUAAAGGGCCCUGGUGGGGCCCACAUCCCUGGAGCUCUGCUGACCAUCGCAGGACGCAACGUGGCUUUCCGGUAA